UUAUUUCCUUUCUGCCAAAAUCGCAGUUGGUGCCCGUCUCUGGCGCCACUCCUGAUUUACACGUGUUGUUGGUAAUGUACACGUGUUCGUAAUCUUGAAAGAAGAAGGCGGAAAAGCCGACCUUUAUCCAUUUGCUUCCAGAAACAACGAGCUCUCUCUCGCACAGCAACCACAAGCUCUAUUUUGGAGAAACUACGAAACAUCUUGACUUCUCUCUCAGAGCCCAGCUCGAGUCCUCAGAUAUGAAGAGGAUUUGUGAAGUUGCUGUGAUUUCAUGCUAAGUUUCUUUGAACGGAUUUGAGAAUUUGGGAUCGUUUGGGGUGUUUUGAAGGUUUUUUUUUUUUUUUUUUUUUUUGGGGAAAAAAAUGGUUAACAUGUCCUCUGUUAGGAUUUUCCUGGCAAAGAGUAUAGAGCAAGGGAAGGGAAAAAUGAGAGAGACACGGAUUGGAGCAUUUUUUUUUAAUACGGGUUGAGGCUUUUUUUUUAAUUGAUUUGGGGUUCUGUUUGGGUUUGGGGUUGUGAUAUUUCUGUGUUUAAUUUGGUAUUUCAUAGUUUGGAGUUGAGCGGUUAAUUUUUUGGACCUUAUGAUCUCAUUUGUGAUUAUCAAGUGCAUAAUGGUUAAUUUUUUUUGAAAUGGUGCUCAGAAUUAUCACCAUUUUUCCCCUUUAAUUUUCGGUGGAAGCACUGUUCUCUUCAUGCUAAUUGUUGAAUUGUUCGAACCAGUCUGUUGUAUAUAUAUAUUUUCCCCGUUCCUCUGUUUGUUGUCUGUAUAAGUACGAAUUCAUCAAUUUAUCAAUUGGGUUGUUCUUCGUUUGUAAUUUCAUUAAUUGGGUCUUUAGAUACAUUUUAUUGUUGAGGAGGUGAGAUGUUGCCUACAAUAGGCAUCAACUAUUACAAAAACCUUUUUAAUGAAGAAACAAGAGAAAUAGAGACAAUGAAGAUUGUAAUCAACAGCUGGGGGGCAUAAUCGUUUUUGAUACCUUAAAAAGAAUGAAAAACAAAACUCAAUGUUUGGAUACAAAGAAAAUUAGGAAGUCAGAUAGAUGUUAACAUAAUGAAAAUAAUUCCACCGCUUUCCUCCUCUAACUUGAUGACCAUGCUUUUGGAACAAUGUUUGAUGAGUUCUUAUUUCGAAUGUGUUUGCCUUACCAUUGUAAAUUGCUGGAGGUCCUUUUGUUCUUUAUCUUGCUCACAAGCAUAUUGAUAUGUAAAUGUAUGUAAUAAUUUGUGUACUGAUAGGAUAUAUGCAUUACACAUGUUAUGUUUGUUACUGUUUUAAAGCAUUAUUAGAUAGCAUGUUGCAUAUUCUUUUAAUACUUACUUUGUUAUUGCAAAUUUGUGAAUCUUAUACCAUAGCAAAUCUUAUGAAUUCUCUUUUUCCACUGUAUCCAAGGUUGGGCAGAUGGUGUGCUUCGAUGUAUCAUUUUGAUAGCUUUUGAUAGCUUUUGUACUUACAAAACAAUGAGCAUCGUACCAAUCUGUGAAUUAAAGCCUUUUAGAAACAAUAUGAAGAUCAAAGUUAGAAUAUGCCGGUUGUGGAGACCCAAAAUGUUUGGACGCCAAAACCAAUUCAAUGGCUUACAAUGUGUACUGGUUGAUGAACUGAAUGAUGCCAUUGAAGCCUCGGUCUUAGAAGCAGACUAUGAGAUAGUAGCUCCAAAAAUUAAAGUUGGUUGUAUAUAUGAGAUCACACGGUUGCAUAGCCGUUCCAGUAAACAAACGUACAAGGUCGUACCACACACUGUACAACUAUACUUCAAUGGGAAAACAACUUUCAAACAAAUACCAGAAAGACCUCCACACAUUCCUGAGCACCGCUUUUAUUUAGUGGAUUACAGUGAAUUGUUAUCCCGUGUAGAUAAAGUUGAAAUUCUCACAGAUGUUAUGGGACAUAUCACAGCAGUGCAACCAUUGGAAGACAGAAUGGUUAACAAAGAAAGACUAGAAACAAAUGUGACGUUCACCUUCAAAACACCAGGCAAUUGUAUUUAGAUGGGUGGAAUACAAAAACUAUUGAUGCAGGAACCUGAACCUAUGGUGAUCCAUAUGCAAUUUAAG